AUGACCGCACUAAUCGCCGGCCAGCGUUACAAUUGGAUGGGAUACAAUGGCACCGAGUCGAAGGAAGUGGAUGGUAUUUUUAUUCGCGGUGGCAAUGAUGCCGGUAUUGCCGACUAUUGGAGGCGGCGAAGCAUCAUCGAUGAUAUCAAAAGACGUUUACACCUCAUAAAAGGAGAUCUCGACCUCAUUCCCGAGGAGGAACUUCGUGCAGAGAGGGAGGCCGCCCGGAGGCGCCGUGCUGCGAGGGAGGCCGAGGAGCCGGCGAGGCAAGCCCAGGAUGAGGAGUGCGAGGAUAUGGAUUAUGACGCCUAUCAGGCGGAGGAAGAUGCCAGGCGGUCGUCCGAGAGUCAAUUUGAAGAGCGCACGCGAGAAAUCAUGCAGCGGACCGCCGGGAUCAGCGAGGCCGAGUGCAACGGGCUCCUGGAAAACAUGCCGCGCACCAAGGCGGAGGUGCAGCAGGCCGUGAGCUCCUUCAGCGCCCGCACGCGGGCUUUCCUAGUCAGGCAAGGGGCCUACUACGUCUCCUACCUUGAUGGCUCGUGGCAUACCUCGCUUGAGAAGCUUGAGCAGCACAAUUUUAAAUUCCAAAGCCUCACGGAGCGGGCGUUGGAAGGGACUGGUGUGGGGCUUCCCCUUGCGGAGGACUACAGCACCGCCGAGCUGCGCGAUGCGGCAGAACGCCUGGAGGUCGCGCAGCAGAAGCUGCAGGCGUACCUCUGCCAGGUUGAUCGCACCCACGUGAUGCGCCUACGUAAAGCGGACAAGGAUGAGCGGGGCAACCCCAUCGUGCUCAUCACCGAGGAGGAUGGGGAUGAGGAAGCGUUACGGCGGAAGGUGGAUGACGCCCUGGCCGAUAUGGUAUCGCUACGUGAGGCCUACAACAAGCGCAGCGCGGCCUGCGGGAAGAAAUUGGCUACUUUAACGAUCAGCAGCGAACAGCUGCAUGACUCGUCGGCAUAA